CCGAAAAAAGAUUUUUAAAAGGAAAGAAAGAAAGAAGCCACAGUUUUUCGGUCUCCCGAACAGGGCUACAAAAUCGUUCCACUGGACGCCAGCACGGAGAAUUCAUUUUUGAGGUCAAUUUCCAAUCGAGAUAAAUCUAUUGGAUUAGUAGGAUUAUCUGAUCGCAGCUGAAAGAAGUAACGUUUGAUCAUUUGUAUUUCUUGCCUGAUGGUUGGAUUUCUAUGGAGGUGGCUUUGGGUCGCCAGGAUUCUGGAUCGUGGUUGCAUCUGGAAAGAAAAAAGGAUCAAUCGACACGUUUUGGAAGUGUCCGUGGGUGAAUAAGAAGGAGGGGGUGGCAAAGCCCGGGUUGCGGAUGCUUAAAGAAAAAAAAGAAGAAGAAGCGUCUUGAAUCCCGAAACAAGAAUCACCGGGUGCUGGAGAUUUCAAAAAGGCAGCUAGAAACUGGUAAGUACUUCGACCAUUCCGGCUUGAAUUUGACAGCGACUUGGCAUAGAAACCGUCUCCGUGAAUUACUGGAAGGGGCUGGGGGCGAUGAAGGGGCUCCGGCUGUGGAUUUGUCUCACCGAGGGAUAUAGACCUACAGCUAACUGGAUUUGAUUUAUAAGAGGGAAAUCUACAGUCAAUGGCCACUCUCGCCACAUUGCUACUAUGGAAAAGAGAAUGGUCAAUAGGAUAUGGUCUAGCAAACAGUGAUGAUUGAAGAUGCUGCUUCAAUACUUGUGAAAUCAAUGGGAGCAAGUUGCUGCAGGAAGGUCUCUCUGAGCGCCUCUCAGCAAGCUCACCCACAAGCAAUCAGAGCCAUACUGCCGUGACACGGUUUCUCUCAAGUGGAUAUAAAUACCCUGGCCUCCCCACACCCAGAAGACCAGACAGCCGAUGUGGGACCAUGGCCCUGGCCAGACACGCGUGGCCAGCCCGUGUGCGGCGGGCAGGGAGGGCGCGCCUGCCCCUCGCGAGCGUGGGAGCCCCGCUGGCCGUCUGCGUGUUGGGGUGUUUGCUUCAGGCUGGCCACGUGCUGUCACAAAAACUGGAUGACGUGGACCCACUGGUGACCACCAACUUCGGCAAGAUUAGAGGAAUUAAGAAGGAACUCAAUAAUGAAAUUUUGGGGCCUGUGAUUCAGUUUCUUGGGGUUCCAUAUGCAGCCCCGCCAACAGGAGAACAUCGUUUCCAGCCUCCAGAACCACCAUCUCCCUGGUCCGAGAUCAGGAACGCCACUCAGUUCGCUCCCGUGUGUCCCCAGAACAUCAUCGACGGCAGACUGCCAGAAGUCAUGCUCCCAGUGUGGUUCACCAAUAACCUGGAUGUGGUUUCAUCGUAUGUCCAAGACCAGAGCGAAGACUGCCUCUACCUAAAUAUCUAUGUCCCGACUGAGGAUGUAAAAAGAAUAUCCAAGGAAUGUGCCAGAAAACCCGGCAAGAAAAUAUGUAGAAAAGGAGAUAUUCGGGACAGUGGGGGUCCCAAACCAGUGAUGGUGUAUAUCCAUGGUGGCUCUUACAUGGAAGGUACUGGAAAUUUAUAUGAUGGGAGUGUCUUGGCAAGUUAUGGCAAUGUGAUCGUCAUCACAGUCAACUAUCGCCUUGGGGUACUUGGUUUCUUGAGUACAGGGGAUCAGGCUGCAAAAGGGAACUAUGGACUCCUCGAUCUCAUACAGGCUCUAAGAUGGACUAGUGAAAACAUUGGAUUCUUUGGUGGUGACCCCUUAAGAAUCACUGUUUUUGGAUCUGGUGCUGGGGGUUCAUGUGUCAAUCUACUGACUUUAUCCCAUUAUUCUGAAGGUAACCGUUGGAGCAAUUCAACCAAAGGACUUUUUCAACGAGCAAUAGCUCAAAGUGGAACAGCCCUUUCCAGCUGGGCUGUUAGUUUCCAACCUGCAAAAUAUGCUAGAAUGUUGGCCACAAAAGUUGGUUGCAAUGUUUCAGAUACAGUAGAGUUAGUGGAAUGCCUACAGAAGAAGCCUUACAAAGAACUCGUGGACCAAGAUAUCCAACCAGCCCGAUACCACAUAGCCUUUGGACCUGUGAUUGAUGGUGAUGUAAUACCAGAUGACCCUCAGAUACUGAUGGAGCAAGGAGAGUUUCUCAACUAUGACAUAAUGUUAGGAGUGAACCAAGGAGAAGGGUUAAAAUUUGUGGAAAAUAUAGUAGAUAGUGAUGAUGGUAUAUCAGCUAGUGAUUUUGACUUUGCUGUUUCCAAUUUUGUUGAUAAUUUAUAUGGAUACCCUGAAGGCAAAGAUGUUUUGCGAGAAACCAUUAAAUUCAUGUAUACUGACUGGGCUGAUCGCCACAACCCAGAAACCAGAAGGAAGACACUGUUGGCUCUGUUCACGGACCAUCAGUGGGUGGCACCCGCUGUAGCUACAGCAGACCUUCACUCAAACUUUGGCUCGCCUACAUACUUCUAUGCCUUUUACCAUCAUUGUCAAACGGAUCAGGUCCCAGCUUGGGCUGAUGCAGCCCAUGGAGACGAGCUUCCCUAUGUACUGGGAAUCCCCAUGAUUGGCCCUACAGAGUUGUUUCCUUGCAAUUUCUCAAAGAACGACGUGAUGCUGAGUGCAGUUGUAAUGACAUACUGGACAAAUUUUGCUAAAACUGGUGACCCAAAUCAACCAGUCCCUCAAGACACUAAAUUCAUCCACACCAAACCCAACCGCUUUGAAGAGGUGGCCUGGACCAGGUACUCGCAGAAGGACCAGCUUUACCUCCACAUUGGACUGAAGCCGAGAGUGAAAGAGCAUUACAGAGCCAACAAGGUGAACCUCUGGCUGGAGCUGGUGCCUCACCUGCAUAAUCUCAACGACAUUUCUCAGUAUACCUCGACGACAACUAAAGUGCCAUCAACGGACAUCACUUUCAGACCCACGAGGAAAAAUUCCGUCCCUGUCACGUCGGCCUUUCCCACUGCCAAGCAGGACGAUCCGAAGCAACAGCCCAGCCCGUUUUCGGUGGAUCAGAGGGACUACUCGACGGAGCUGAGCGUCACCAUCGCCGUCGGGGCGUCGCUGCUGUUCCUCAACAUCUUGGCCUUUGCGGCCCUGUACUACAAAAAGGAUAAGAGGAGACAUGACGUUCACAGGAGGUGCAGCCCCCAGCGCACCACGACCAACGACCUGGCCCACGCCCAGGAAGAGGAGAUCAUGUCCCUGCAGAUGAAGCACACGGACCUGGACCGCGAGUGCGAGUCCCUCCAUCCGCACGAGGUGGUUCUGCGGACCGCCUGCCCCCCGGACUACACGCUGGCCAUGCGGAGGUCCCCCGACGACGUGCCCCUCAUGACACCCAACACCAUCACCAUGAUCCCCAACACCAUCCCAGGGAUUCAGCCCUUACACACAUUUAACACCUUCACUGGAGGACAGAACAAUACUCUGCCCCACCCCCACCCGCACCCCCAUUCACACUCCACAACCAGGGUAUAGCCAGAGAAGAGAAACAAACUAUUUUUUUUGACGGAUUGCAGUGACAUUACUGAAGAUUCCUUGGCUUUCAAUCUACGAGACCCUUAUUAUUUAAAUGAGGAAUAUUAUGUGAAUAUACAUAUCAAGAACUUUGGGGGGUUUGAAAACGUGAGUUGUAUAUAUAAACAAAUCAACUUUAAGAACAAAUUUCAAUUGCUUGGCGCAAUUGUUCUGAAUGAUACUUUUUCAUUCACAUCCAAGAAUUAAUUUUUUUGAAGAUUUAAGUUACAUAAUGGAAUUAGGCAUGUGGAACAUCAAACAGGAAAGAACUGUGUCUAAAUAUAAAAAGUAAAAAUUCAAAAAAAAACAAUUAUGAAUAUGCACAAGGGACACACCAAUGGAAUGUCAGAUAAUUUUCACCAGUUUUUAUUUGGCGCUGUUUUAUUGUGUAGACCAUAUUUACAUAUUUGGAUAAGUGCACAAAGCACCAGUGCUGUCAAUGGCCUUAGCAGAGGCUCAUACUGAAAUUUGCCAGUAAAACAAAGAAGUUUAAGGACUGGCAGGUACAACAUUAUCACAUAAGUGCUGUCAGUAUAAAGUUGUGGGGAUAAAGGAAACUGGAUAUUUUUAGCACGAUGUGCAUGAUAAUUUAUAUGCUUGGUGGCUGUGCUGCUGAUUAAGCCGUAAUUAAAAUUCUUCUCACCCCAUUGGAGUUUUUAAUAGAAGCUUCCUCCAUCAAUUGGCAGAAUCUAAAGAAGAUCAUAAGGGGUAAAAGUAAUUACAAUAAAAUAAUUCACAGUAGUUUCAAUAUAGAAAGAAUUAGUUAUUAAAGGUAUUUGAAGAAUAAGUAUAGUGGUGAAUACUCGCUGAUAUGAAUCCCAGAAAAAAAUUUCCUGUGUUUUUAAUGUUCUUUUUAUUCCCAUCUAAAUAAUUUAUAGAAAUAUAACCUUAAUUGGACAUGUGUUACAGGAUCUAUAAUUUGCUGUGGUUUUUGUCACUCUGUAUUCUGUUCUUUUCGGUGAGGUAGAGUGUGUCCAAAGAGUUACUUGCAACAGGCUUCUGAAGACAUGAGGAUGCCCCAUUGCUACCACUCUGAUCACAGCUCUCCGUUAUUAAUUUACUCAUGUUGCAUGACAAAACGUUUACUGAUGGUAAUUCAGUACACAGUUAUGUCCCUCUCCGUGUCCCUUAGCUUUCUCACUGAGCUUGCCUCACUGGAUUUGCUCAUUCGAUCUCGGUAGAGUUCAACAUAGACGCAGAACCUAGGAAGCCAACAUCUGGAGGAUUUCAGUUCUACACAUACGUGUGAUUUUAAACGAAUAUUCUAAGACCACAGGAAACUCCUCAUCCCUCUGUUGUUUACCAGUAACAGUAUAUCGCAGAUCUUUCCAAAUGUUUGUAUACGUAAUCAGAUGUACAUUUAUAUUUAAAAAAUGAGAUGAUGGACUUAAAGAGCACAUCCUGAUAAAACUUUCUCUCUUACCUGUACUAUAUUUCUAUUAGACUAAAGUUAUGUGAUUUUUUUUUACAUUUUUUCAGAUGACUAGCAAUUUUGAUAGUUUAUAAGAUAACGCAAAGAACUUUCUCUGACAAACUAACUGCAGUAACAGAAACCUUUCUUUUCAGUUACUCUUUUUCAAGAAUGAAAGCUUAUUAUACAAAAAAAAAUUGUAUACUACUUGAUGGAAACAACUCUGUACAUCUUGGCCAUGUCACUGGUCAUUGUGUGAAAUAAAGGUGAUCUGGAUGAUGGUUAUAGUCCAAUGCUAAGAAAGAUGAUCUUUGCUCAUUAAAGAGCUAAAAUGUUUAUUGCUGUUUUGUCUUUUUUUUUUUUAAGAAGAAAGAAAGAAAGAAAGAAAGGAAGGAAAGAAAGGCUGUUGCCAAAAGUCAUUUUUCUAGACUAGACCAUUCAGGAUUUUGAAGACACAUCGUUAACGUCUAUAAAAACCACAACUGUGUGUUUAAAGGCAAGUCUCAUUUAAGAUGAAACUCGUGGAAGUUUAACAUUAUGAAUUUAUAAGCUCUGGGAACUCAUGAAAAA